AUGGCGGAUACUCUACCACCCCCAGGCAAAUAUCCAGAAGGGAUAACUCUGGAAUAUGUGGACAAAACCGGACAAUCAUUGAAUGAUCCCAAGUAAGCCUUUAUGGUCAAUAUAAUUUGUGUUUUAGUGAGUCUCUAGCUGCUCGAUUCCGAGCAUUGUUUGUUCUUCGAAAUCUGAAGGAUGAUAGGUCUGUAUACUACAUUGGAAAGGCCUUCAGCGACGAUUCAGCUUUGUUGAAACAUGAGUUGGCUUACUGUUUAGGCCAGAUGCAGAACAAGAGCGCGAUUCCAGUUCUGGUGCAGAUGUUAAAGGAUGAAACUCAAGGUAAUGUUUGUUUGUAUUACGUUCUUGCUUUUUAGGACCUUAGGACUUAAAAAGUCCGGCUUAACAUUGCUGAUUUUAAGUUUAAAACUUCGCAAUACCUAAUCAGAUGGAUAACAUCAAGGCUAUGGUGAAAAAAAUUCAUUAAACAUUGCCAUAUUGUGUUCGAUCAUCUAUAAUAAGUUACUUUAGAGCCUAUGGUACGUCACGAAGCCGGUGAAGCGUUGGGAGCGAUUGGUGAUGCGUCAUCUUUGGAGCUUCUGCGACAUUACUCAUCGGAUCCAGUGAUAGAAGUCGCUGAGACUUGUCAAUUGGCUGCUUCUCGUUUAGAAUGGACCUUAAAUGGUGGAGUAGAUGCAAGUUCGGCUUAUGAUUCCGUAGAUCCGACACCUGCGGCAGAUUCGGAGAAUGUCGAAGAGUUGGGCAAGAAUUUGGUUGAUGAAGCGAAACCUUUGUGGGAGAGAUAUAGGGCCAUGUUCAAGCUGAGGAAUUUGAAUACUGAUGAAUCUAUUAAGGCUCUUGCUCAAGGUAAGUAAUUUUUUAUUAUGUCAGUGUUAAAUUUUAGUGUUUUAAUCAGACUUUGCUGCUUUUUGAGCUAAAAUCUAUGUUGUCGUAGGUAAAAAUCGUUAAAUCUCUCUUAUUGUUAGUCCAAAUUCAAAAUUUUUAUGUUUCAUAUUUAGCUUAUUGUUUUAGGUAUGUAUUGUGAAGACAGCGCCUUGUUUCGACACGAAGUGGCCUAUGUACUCGGGCAAAUCCAGUCUCCACUAUCAAUAAAGGAGUUGAGUGAUCGUUUAAAAAAAUCAGACGAAAACUGCAUGGUAAGACAUGAAUGUGCCGAAGCUCUUGGAGCUAUAGCCACUCCAGAGUGUGAAGAGUUGCUAAAGGAGUAUGCCAAGGAUAAUGAGGUAAGCAUCUAUUUAAAAAUGGCAUUUAACGUUAGGUUCUACAAGGUUUUUGAGCAAUUUCUGGGGAUUUUUUGCGAAAUUUAUUGAAAGAAGGCGCUGAAUGUAAUGGUUUAGGUAAUAAACGGCUCUUUUUAUGUUGUAGAAUAACAUUUAUGUUUUAGCAAGUAGUCCGCGAGAGUUGUGAGGUCGCGUUGGACAUGGCCGAGUACGAGAACAGCGAGAACUUCCAGUACGCUCAAGCUUGA